AUGUCGGGAAUGGAGGAUAUUGCCGGAUUCAAAGGACAUCACUGGAUCAGAGAAUCGUUCCAGUAUGUCAAUAAUAAUUAUCUGAAGCCUAUUCUUGUGAAUCGAAGAAGUAUGAAGCAGAUGGACAACACGAAAAUUGUGCGGAUGUUCGAGCGCUUGCAAUUACAAGAUGCAAAGGAUCUUGUCAAGGGAAAAGGUGAUUUCAGUAAAAAUCAGAUAUUCGUGCAGACGCUCAUCGACCACACUCGAAGCCGAAGCCGAAGCAAUACAACC